AGCGAAUCAAAGGUGUAGUUAAAGUUAGGUAAAAAACAGACAGACACCACUGGCCACCUACUUUUUACAAGGACAGAUCUUCUCCUUUGCCUUUCACGUUAGUAUGGUGCUCUUUAAUAUUUGAAAGCACUACAACGACCUAGUAUUUUUGCUAGUACUACAACAAGUACUAGAUUGACUCCUAGUACUACAAAAGAUGUGAAGGGUCCUUGAAUCCUCUGUCUCAUUCCUUCAUGUUAUAUCAUUGAAUCAUUCAGGAUCCAUACAAGAUGAAGUACUGUAAUCCUCUAACCCACUCGUGGAGAAUCGCGAGGGUAAGAAAGUUCCGGCGGUUGUCGCCAAGCUGGAGAAGCUUUCACGAGACAAAAACGAGCUUGUAGAAAAACAGAGGAAGGGUGAGGUAAAUUAAGGCUAGGCUCUGUAAGAUGUGAACUAAGUCCUCUAAGAUCAUGAGUUGUACGGGCUUCUCCGAUGGAUGUAGAUUUGUGGCCGAUUGUACGGUCUUAUGCGCCCCCAGUAUGUAAUUUGGGUGUUUUUAUAUAGGUUAACUAAUUGAUUGAAAAAGCGGUGGCAUAUAGUCCUAACGCAAAAAAAAAAUACGGGUUUCUCCUCGACGUCCAUUAUCAGGGAUACACACAUGACAUAUUGUAUACGCCAACCUCCUGACUCCCAUCGACAGUUGCGGAGUACUGACCUGGGCAACUGGCCAUGACUUCCUGGCUCUAAGUAGAGGCAACCACGCCGGGCAGUCAAGAACUUUGGUCAGAAUUGCAAAGCGCCGUGGCUCCAUGGAGAGCCACGACCCCUGAAACCGCAAUCCUGUUAAGGGUGCUAGAUGAAGAUCAUUACUUUUUUUUUGUUUCUUUGGGGCCUGCAAUUAGUCUGACAGCGGUCUUCUGUAAUUCUUAGAGUCUGGCCUGCAAUUCUUAGAGUCUGACAGCGGUCUUCUGUACAGCUCCAUUCUAUCCAGAGACUUAAGGGUCCUAGGUAUGCCUCAAUAUUGUUUCGGGGCCUGCUUUUUCUAGGUGGAUCCAUUCCUAUCCUAUCCUGCGUAAAGCCUCUACUAGAAUGCGGUUGUCACACUAUUUGGGGUGGAGGUCGUAGCGUGGGUUCCUAUCGUCUUCGUCCUACGACCUAUAAGGGCCCUCCUCGUAGGAAAAAAGGAAUUUAUAGGCUUUCACUACUUAGUAGUGGGACACCAUGAGGAUGUUAGGAAAAAAAGUAAGGUCCACAACCACAUCGCAUAUUAAUCAGCUAUCUACUUCUGCCUUUAAAAUGGGGGAAAGACGAUGCGAAGAAGUUUACACCUGAGCAACUGGUCGAGGACUUGCCGGACGUGAAAUUCAUAGGAACUCAAACCCUAUUUGGCAAGAUUAAGCUCGCAGAGGAAAAGUAUAAACUCUUGCACCAGAAGGACUGCCCACACGGCCAUAUGGAGGAAGAUCUUGAUUUUGUUUUUUUUUUCCCACUUGGCAAGCAGAUCAUCGCGGCUCCCUGGCUACUUCCCUUUAUAAUAAUGAGGUUCGCAAUGGAACACCUUCGCAACUCAUGUUUCAAGAGGAAGUAAGUCUACUUAGUAGGCGUUUUUUUAUACGUUUCUGUAAAAACGACUAUUUUUUUAUACCACCUCGUUUUUAAGGGGGGCGAAAGCAAGGGGCACAAGCAGCGAUAGUCUCUACUUUUUUAUAGUAUGUUUUUAACGGUAGUACGAAAAGGGUACUAGCCGCGAACCCUGAUAGACUGCUCGCUGGAACAGGGAAAAACUUACUAGAUUCAUAACAGAAGACGGCGACGCCCAGAAGAAUGCGAUUUGUGGUCUUAUUCCGCGGUAUGAAGAAGCAGCUCGAUCGGCAGCAGAAAAAGUCCUGCAGGCGGAGGCCCUGAC